GGGUCGCGGCGGACGCCGUUUCCGUAGCAGCAUGGCGGCCACGGAGGAUGAGCGGCCGGCGGGGAGUGGAGAGGGAGAGCGGCUGGAUUUCCUACGGGACCGGCACGUGCGGUUCUUCCAGCGCUGCCUCCAGGUCUUGCCGGAGCGCUACUCUUCGCUCGAGACCAGCAGGUUGACUAUUGCAUUUUUUGCGCUCUCUGGGCUGGAUAUGUUGGACUCCUUAGAUGUGGUGAACAAGAAUGAUAUAAUCGAGUGGAUUUACUCCCUGCAGGUCCUUCCCACAGAAGACAGAUCAAAUCUAAAUCGCUGUGGUUUCCGAGGGUCUUCAUACCUGGGUAUUCCAUUCAAUCCAUCAAAGAAUCCUGGAACAGCUCAUCCUUACGAUAGUGGCCACAUAGCAAUGACCUACACUGGCCUUUCAUGCUUAGUUAUUCUUGGAGAUGACCUAAGCCGAGUAAAUAAAGAAGCUUGCUUAGCAGGCUUGAGAGCCCUUCAGCUAGAAGAUGGAAGUUUUUGUGCAGUACCUGAAGGCAGUGAAAAUGACAUGCGAUUUGUAUACUGUGCUUCCUGUAUUUGCUAUAUGCUCAACAACUGGUCUGGCAUGGAUAUGAAAAAAGCCAUCAACUAUAUUAGAAGAAGUAUGUCCUAUGACAAUGGGUUGGCACAGGGAGCUGGACUUGAAUCUCAUGGAGGAUCAACUUUUUGUGGCAUUGCAUCACUGUGCCUGAUGGGUAAACUAGAAGAAGUUUUUUCAGAAAAAGAAUUGAACAGGAUAAAGAGGUGGUGUAUAAUGAGACAACAGAACGGUUAUCAUGGAAGACCUAAUAAGCCUGUUGACACCUGUUAUUCUUUUUGGGUGGGAGCAACUCUAAAGCUUCUGAAAAUUUUCCAGUAUACUAACUUCGAGAAAAAUAGAAAUUAUAUCUUAUCAACUCAAGAUCGCCUCGUAGGGGGAUUUGCCAAGUGGCCAGAUAGUCAUCCAGAUGCUUUGCAUGCAUACUUUGGAAUUUGUGGCCUGUCACUAAUGGAGGAAAGUGGCAUUUGUAAAGUUCAUCCUGCCCUGAACGUAAGCACACGGACUUCUGAGCGCCUUCGAGAUCUCCAUCAGAGCUGGAAAACCAAGGACUCUAAACAGUGCUCAGAGAAUGUACACAUCUCCACAUGACUAACUUUAGAUUGGGAGGGUGGGGGGGAUUUGUAGCCUAACUGUAGCUCAAGGUUAAAAGCCAUGUAUAACCAAGUGUGCUCUUUUUUUUAAGAGGUAAAGUCUUACAAUCGAAUCUUGUGCUGAUGUCACUUUGGUAUAUGGUCUUGAGCCAGUAGCCUUCGUACUAGGUUUCAAGGAAAUCUUUGUUGAAGUUUGAACCACAGUGGACUCUGUUGUGGUUCUUAAAUGUUUAUAUACUGUAUUUCUAAGUUCUUUGAGGCAAACUAACUAUAUGUAUGAAGGUUAUCUUUUUAAAAAGCUCUUCAGUACAAAAUUGUAUCAUAAAUACAAAUCUUCAAAAGAAGUUUACAGUUCACAUAGCAUUGAUAAUCUUCAGGUGAACACUUAGUGAUCAUUUAAAAAGUUUGACUGCUGAUGGUAGAACAUUGCUUUAAUGAAUUAAGUAUCUGGGAUUAUUCUUUGAAAACAGAUGAUCCCAUAAUUUUUAAAAAGACUUAUUUUGACUUAAGUAAAAUGUGCCAAUUAAACUUUUGUGGCCUAUACAAAUGAAAUGAACUUCAUAGCAAGAAUGAAUAGGCUUAACUAAUACAAUAAUUUUCUAAAGGGAGAUUGUUUUAAGAAGACUAUUAUGUAACUGAGGGACAAGUAAUAUAACUGUAUGUGAUUGUGAAUGGGAAACUUUUGUGCUGUGUGGGUCAUUUAUUUUAGAUGUUGCUGGGGUAAAUAACAGUUAUGUUUGAUUUUAAUCUCAAAUCAUUAGUUGCUUUUUUUUCCUUUCUGCAGAGAAAACAGUCUUAUCUAGAAGGAAAGCCAUUUAAUGGUUUUGUUUCUUUUUCUGAGAUAUGUGAUACUGUAAAUUAUACUUGUACUUUUAUAACUGAGUUAUUUUUAGCCAUUUGGAUUCUUACUUUUAGUUUGUUGCCCCAGUGUGUGUUAGCUGCUCUAAUUUCAAACUGAUGAUUUUCUAGUUUUUUCAAAUGAAAUAAGUAAACAUUUAAGUAAAAAAAAUAGCACCACUCAAGUAAAGUUAAUGGUGUAGCUCCAUACACGGUCAUUCAUAUUUUUGUAUUUUCAGGUAAGUGGGAAGGAAAUGUACCAUUUAGGGGUUAAGGCCUGGGGUUUUGCUUUUCUUUGUUUUCUUCAUUCUGUGACCUAGCUAAUUGUAAAGGAGUUAGUAUAAAAUCUCAUCUUUAUUAGUAAUCAAUUUAUCAAUAAAUUACAUCUGUCACUGUUGCUCUAUGACGUUCAAAGUUAGGAGAGUAGUGCUGAAAUGGAGAAGGAAGUCUCUUCACCAGAGGGACUGGGUUUCAUUUAAAGUCUUGGUGAUAAUAAAUGUUGGAUUAUUAGUUUUACAAGUAU